CAAAAACUUGUGAAUGAGACGAGCACCAUGAACGAGUACAGAAAAUACCUGGCCACCAAGGUCCUUAAUGAAGAUGCAAUUAUCAAUUAUCGGCAAUUGAGUAGAGUGUUAAAGGUUCAUACGCACCUCGCAAAGCAGAUGCUGUAUGAUUUCCAUCACACGCAGAAUGCGAAGAAAUCGGGCACUGUGCACGCAACGUACUAUAUUGCGGGGAUUCUUCGCUCCGAGAAGGAACAAAUUGCAAAGCCAAACCAUGAGCCGGUAUCACAACCUGACGAAGAUACUCCAAUGGAGAGCUCACCUUUUCCUUCCUCGUACCCAGAGCCAGACCCGGUACCUUCCUUCGAAAGCGACGACGCCGAGCCCACAGAAGAACCUGUCCAAAACACAACUGUUUUGCUAGUGCGGGAAGAGGAGCUAGAGGAGUCUAAGGCAGACUUUGAUGAGAUACACUCGAUCUUUGUGUAUAGUCUUGAACCAGGACCGCUGAAAGAUUUCCAACUUCUUGCACAGUGCAAUCGAGACGUAACUACGGAAUUCUGGGCGGAAGACCCGCUAAAAGCAUAUCCGAAAUACGGCCUCAUCACAAACAAAGAUGUCAGAAGAAGGACUGGUACGCGGCCGCCUCCGAAUGCGACACCAGCGUCAGCGCCAGCGCCAGUAUCUGCGAAUGCAAAGCCACAGGCAGCAACAAGUGCUCCGCAGAUAAAGGCGGAAAAUUCAGCCAAGUCUACUACGAACGUAAAACCUGCAAACAUAAAACGUCAAUCGUCGGAUCUGUUCAAGUCUUUUGCAAAAUCGAAGCCGCCCAAACUGAAGAGCACAGAUAGCAACGCUACAUCUGCCUCAGGAUCCCUGAACCCGAGCCCUGUAGACAAGGAGGAUGAAGAAAUGCUGGGCAUGUCCGAAGAUGAGCCUCCAUCAGACAUAGACGAGGCGGCCAUGGCUGCCGAGGCUGAAAGGGCGGAUGCAGCGAGGAAGGCGAGGAAGGAGAAGGAGGAGCGGCUGAAGCAGAUGAUGGACGAUGAUGAUGAUGUAGAGAUGGCAGACUCCACUGCAGUUGCCGAGGAGCUGCCACCUGAGGCUCUCGAUGAUUCAGCCGCCUUGGACAGGCCCAAAGAGCCAGAGAAGAAGGAAGAAGUCACGGUCUCAGGUGGCAGGCGAAGAGGACGACGAAAAGUGAUGAAGAAACGAACGUAUCAGGAUGAGGACGGUUAUCUGGUCACAAAGGAAGAGGCUGUAUGGGAAUCCUUCAGCGAAGAGGAACCCGAGCAGAGGAAGCCGAAGGUCAACGUCGCCGCUCCCCAUGCUGCGAAGAAGAGUGCUACGGUGCCGAAGGGCCAAGGCAACCUCAUGAAUUUUUUCAAGAAGAAAUAGAUUCAGGCCCAAGUGUUUAGCGAGCAAGGAGUUCCGCUUGGGUAUCAUAUUGCAACAUGUGUGCCUAGAAUAUUAGUGACCAGUUGUUUCUCUACUCUCCGUUGGUAUCACGCAUAUGUCGAGAACGCAAUGCAUCACGCCCGGGGCGUAGGUCUUUACUCGUUCAA